GGUCCUUCGACGAGGUCAUCGUCGAGCUCCUUUCUAGGAUUGGCUUUCAGAACGAAGGCUUCCUGGGUCAAGAGUAGCCUUCGGUGCACCGGUCAGGAAUCUGCGAGUCCCGCUAUUGCCGAACUUCUGCCGGACUAGAGAGGAAGUUCGGUCUCCAGGCUUAGUUAUAGGUUGACCGAUCCAGAAAUGGUUCUGCUCCAUGUGAAGCAUGGAGAUGAGAGCCAAUUUCUCCUGGAAACAACAGGUAAGGUUUCCAUUGAAGACUUAACACAGGAAGUGACCAGAAUCUAUAAUGGAAGACUCAAAGUUCAACGUCUUUGCACAGAAAUGGAAUUGCUGGCAGAACACGGUAUUUUCUUACCUCCUAACAUGCAAGGCCUGACAGAUGAACAAAUUGAAGAGCUGAAACUGACAGAUGAAUGGGCAAAAAAAUGUAUUCCAAGUGGUGGAAGCACAUUUAAAAAAGAUGACAUUGGACGAAGAAAUGGUCAUGCUCCAAAUGAGAAAAUGAAACAAGUUUUAAAAGCAACAGUAGAAGAAGCCAAGGCAUUGAUUUCUAAGAAACAAGUGGAAGCCAGUGUAUGUGUUACUACCAGUAUGGUGAAAGAUGCCCUCGACCAGCUCCGAGGAGCUGUAAUGAUUGUUUAUCCAAUGGGGCUCCCUCCAUAUGACCCAAUUAGAAUGGAAUUUGAAAAUAAAGAAGAUCUGUCAGGAACUCAAGCUGCUCUCGAGGUUAUUGAAGAACCAGAGGCCCAGCUGUGGUGGGCAGCAAAGGAACUGAAAAGAACAAACCAGCUUUCUGACUAUGUUGGCAAAAAUGAGAAAACAAAAAUUAUUAUCAAAAUACAAAAAAAAGGGCAAGGACCUCCAGCACGUGAACCUGUCAUAAGUGGUGAAGAACAUAAACAGAUGAUUCUUUUUUAUCACAGAAGACAAGAAGAACUCAAGAAAUUAGAAGAAAAUGAUGAUGAUGAUACAUGUUUAGAUUCUGAAUGGGCUGAUACUCAUGCCUUGAAAAGACAUUUUCAUGGUGUCAAAGAUAUUAAGUGGAGACCAAGAUAAAGCAAUUUUUCAAGAAAAAUAGUAUAAAAAUAAACUAACUCAGCAAGUUACAAUGGUAAUAUCAAUGCACACAUUAAAUUUAAUCAUUAAAACUAAAUAAAAUAUUAUAUUUGUAUUUAUUUAUAAUUUUGGUUGCCUUGUAUUCAAUAAAUAUACAUUACUAGGAUUGUUGAUGUUCAUAUUUUUUAAAAAAU